AUGGUCAAUCGUAGGGAAUCACUAGAUUUGAAUAUUAAUGAUUCAAUGAUUUUAAAAAGACCUAUUUAAGAAGAUAAUACUCCAAAUAGUCAAACUUUCAGUGAUAAGUGCUCAAUAUAAGGCAAAAUUUAAGAAAGUCCAAACACUGAAGAAGAUAAUCAUCCAUUUACCUAAAAUUUUUUGCAUGAAUCUAAAAAAUAAAAAUUAGUCUUCAUUACAAAGUAGAACAAAACAAAAGAAAUGAAGUUAGUAAUGAAAAACUAAUUCACUAGACAUUAAAAAGAUAAGAAAUAAAUUAAGAUUUUGGAGAAUUAUUUCAUUAAAUCUUAAAAGUGGUCCAGAGAUCUGAUUGAAGAUCUAUCACUAAGACUUGAUCUCACUCCCUAAUAAAUUUACAAAUGGUAUUACGAUAAAACUACUUAUAAAAGAAAAAAGUUUAAUAACCAAAUGAUUUUGUUACCUCAAAAAUGA